CUGUGAAAUUUGGGGCAUCGUCGAGUCAUUGGCCUCCUCAAUAUGGUGCGUUAAUGACAUUUAAAAGUCUCAAGUAGGAGUAAUUACAGUGUGUAAUGUUUGUUGAAACCACACAAAUGGCUUUUUGGAGACCAUGUAAUUAGACUGAAAUACCAGAUAUGCAACUGUGGUUAAAACAGAAUAAUCCAACUCAUUAUAAAACGGGGAUAAUGGAAUGUGCGAUGUUUACCAUAUGAUUAAGAUCAUGAUAUUUUUAUAUAAGUGUUCAAUCCUUGUUUUGCUUGCUGUACCAUUUGUGAAGUUAAACCAUAAUAAAUUUCGUGGCGGUUUGUUAUCCUGGAAUGCCAUUAAUGAAACACUGAUAACAGUUCAUCACCGUCUGUCGUUUGUGUAUAAUGACAGUUGUCCGAAUAGGAACUCGAGUGCCAGCAUUAGUUGUUUCCCUGGAGGUGGCUGUAAUGAUAGUACAACAAUGAUAGGACUGUGUACAGAGUCUAAUUCCACUGAAAACUGGGCAGAUAGUGAAGGAGACACCAAUUUUACAAUCACUAACUCGACGUCAACAAAUGUAUACUUUAUUGGAUAUUCGGGUUUUGCUUGGCUUUUAUUAGCAUAUUCUGCAAACUCAUGGAGCUUGCGAAUGACAGUAGACGUCUCCACAAGAACCGACGACGGAAGAAUCAACCAGUCUCCUGUUUCAGCAAUGGCCUCAUCAAUCAUUGUUGGUAAUUCGUGCAAUGGCGAGCAAAUAGUAAUACCAGUGGCGGAUUACGACGGAGAUAGUGUACGGUGUCGUCUCUCCACAACAACAGAAGAGUGCGGUGAUAUUUGUAACAAGACAAGCAUUCUUGCCGGGAUUUUAGAAUAUAUCUAGAUUUCAUAUUUUGUCACCACUUGAUUUUACAAUAUCUGCCAUCUCCAAUCCCGUGCUUUACGAAUAUGAGACAACUAUUUCAAAGACUGAUAUACUAGCUGAGG